UAUACACAUGUUUAUUUUAAUCAACCCACCUGAGCCCCUCUCAGCAGCUUCAGCUGCAACACGCGCCAUAAGCACUGGAUGCACUGCGCAUGCUCGAGACAACUUAAUAUGAAUGCUGCUUCACGUCUCAAGACAUCUCACAUCCAGUAACCACCAUGGGCAGUUAAGAAAAAUAGGCUAGUUGUCUGGUGUGUGGAGGGCAGAAGGUUAGUAAUACCCCCGAGCAUCUCUCAUCUCUUCCCACUCAGGCAGUCCAGCAAGUUUUCAGCACCAUGGCUGAAGAAGAAUAUGGCAGCUUUGUGGACUGGAACCAGAUGGGGGAUCUGGCCAAGAGCAGCGGGCCCACCAAGGUAGACUGCAAAGACCUAAAAGAGUUCAAGCAGAUGGCUCGGCAGGGUUACUGGGCCAAAAACCACAAACUGCGGUCACAAGUGUACCAGCAGCUCAUCAAAGCCAUUCCAUGUCGUACAGUUACCCCAGAUGCAGAAGUAUAUCGUGAUAUUAUGGGAAAUGCAGCCACUAAGAAGCCAUCCUCCAACAUCCCACUUCCAGAUUUUGUGGAUGGAAAUCCUGUGCCACGGUACUGCCUGAAGGCAGAGGCAGUAGCUUCAGUCCAUCAGAUUAUCAACUGCUUGGCUGGACAGUUUCCAGAUAUCUCCCACUGUCCAUCCCUACCAGCUAUUACUGCAUUGCUCCUGCACUUCAGCAAGGAUGAAGCUCAGUGUUUUGAGCAUGUCAGCCGCAUACUGGCCUGCAACGAACCAGGCAAACGACUGCUGGACCAGACUUUCCUGGCCUAUGAGUCUAGCUGCAUGACUUUUGGUGACCUUGCCAACAAGUACUGCGCAGCCGCCCACAAACUGAUUGUGGCCACAGCCCAGGAUGUGCUUGAAGUAUACUCAGAUUGGCAGCGCUGGAUUUUGGGUGACCUGCCUUUUAGCCACGUGGUCAGGAUCCUGGAUGUCUACCUAGUGGAGGGCUACAAGAUUCUCUACCGUGUAGCUAUAGCCCUGCUCAAGUUUUACCGCAAGCAUAAAGCAGGGACCCAGGGAGGCCAGGGCAACCAGCAGCAGCAGGAUUCAGACAAAGUUAGGGCGGACAUUCAAGCUUUCAUCAGGGGGAUUGGCUCCACUGUUUCACCUGACAAGCUGCUAGAGAAGGCCUUCUCCCUUCGUCUGUUUAGCCGCAAGGAGAUCACCCUGCUGCAGCUCACAAAUGAAAAGUCCCUGCAGCAGAAAGGAAUCACUGUCAAACAGAAACGCACUAGGCGAAAUGUGCAGCUGGCUCUUAACCCUGACACCUUCUCCUCAGAGAUUGUUAGUAUCAAGGAGAUGCGGGACAUCUGGUCGUGGAUCCCUGAGCGCUUUGCCCUGUGCCAACCACAACUCCUCUUCACCACCUCUACCCAUGGUUGCAGCCUGAACAGAUUCUACUCGCAUUGUGAAGGCUACGAACCCACGCUGCUCCUCAUUCGGACAACAGAUGGCGAUGUAUGUGGAGCUUUCCUGUCCACAGAUUGGGAGGAACGGAAGAGAGGAGGCAACAAGUUGAGCUUCUUUGGCACAGGGGAGUGUUUUGUCUUCAGGCUGAAGCCAGAGAUGGAGCGCUAUGAGUGGGUGGUGAUCCGCCACCCUGAGUUAGCUUCUUCCAUCAAGACUCAGGAUCAGGAAGACACAUCCUCCUCUCAGGGCCAAAACUCAGACAACAGCUUACAGAAGCCAGAGAAACCUCCAGGAGACUUGUCGCCCUUCCUCUCCGCUCGCCACUUCAACCUCAAUUCUAAGAAUACUUCCAUGUUCAUGGCUGGCAACUUUGACUCUAUCAUAGUGGGGGGAGGUGAAGGCAAUGCCCUCUACAUUGACUCUGAGCUCAACCAUGGGCGCACUGGCAGGUGUGCCACCUUUGACAACCCGCCCCUGUGUGCCGAGAGCUUCCAGGUUUCACUACUGGAAGUAUGGGGCUUCCAGGACGCCAUGUCCUCAUAAUGCUGUACACAUACAUGUAUGUAGAUCCAUACAAACAUGGACUCUUAAGUGCGUAUUCAUGCAUACACAUUUUAACACCUAAACAUAUUAAAGCAGAAAGUCUUAUUAAAUGUCAAAUGUGCAGUGAAGUGUUUAAAGUGGAAAAUAUGCAAACAGAAAUUCAUCCGUCCUACAAAUUCAUAUAUGAUUUAACUUUUUUAUUUAUUAAUGCAUUUAAUCCAAAUUUCAACAUGUGAACAAAUAUGUGAUAUUUUUGGUUUGUUUAUUUUUGUAUUUACAGAUUUGUAUUAUGGUGUACUAACUCUGUUUAACUGUGGUGAAAUAAAGAAAGUGUUCAGGAUCAACUCUAGAGAAAACCGAUUUCAGGUUCAUUGAGGGGAGUUUUAUGUUGGCUGCGAUGUUUGAAUUUUUGAAUGUAAAUUCAGUCUUUAAUGUUCAGUGGUUUAGCUUCAUCUGCCAAAUUUAUUAUAUAGGUAGCUCUGUAACCCAUGGAAGUGUUCAGCAGGCCGUGUCAAUAAACAGAGGUUUAUGAUGUGUUCAGCCCAGAGCUGGUUUGUUAAGAUGUGUUUUUAAAUGUUGGAAUACAAAAGUUAAUACGUAGUUUAGCUGUACCAGAUCCGCUAUGUUUUGGGUCAAGUCCUGACACUUUUCCCCACACUUUUUGAUUUGUUGCACAUAUGUGGGAUAUCUGCUAAGUGAAUUAAUGUGGUAGUGUUUGUGAACGUUUGAGUUUUAAUUUGAGUGUUGCCAUUUUGCACCAUAUGUCAAAGCUUUCUUUUCAGUGAGUGGCAGUUUCUCCUUUGUACAGGAUAUGAAUAUUGUGAAUAACUGUACAAAAGACGUGGUUUACAAGUAAUGCUUAAAAAUGCAGUUUAUUCAUCUUUCUCUUCUUACAUUUUUUCUGUUAUUUCCGUCCUUUCCAGUGUAAAGAUAGGAACAAAAAGGUCCUAAAUUGCAGUGUCUUGGCAAAGUGUUGUUGGGAUCAUAAACCCGGUUUGUAUCUGUAUCAUCAAACAUGUGCUCCAUAUGAGUAACUACAAAUGUAUUCUAUAUGUGAAAAUACAACAAUAUGGUUUCAGA